ACACAGUUUCCCGGCAAGAGUAACAACAAUCUCUCCGGGCGAAUAGCUACGUGCUAAAUACCUAUCGCAUGUGUCUUGUCGAGAAGUGCCGAGCCCAGAUUUAUCCUUAAACACAGCUUGUAAAGAACGUUUAAUGGUAACAUUAUGCCGACUUUUAAAGUAAAUAUUAAAUGGGGACGUGAGAAAUUUGAAAAAGUUGAGUGCAACACAGAUGAAUCCCCAGAACUGUUCAAGGCCCAGCUGUUUGCUCUAUCAGGGGUGCAGCCUAAUAGGCAGAAGGUGAUGUUAAAGGGUGCUGUUUUAAAGGACGAUGACUGGGGGACAUUUAAGUUAAAGGAUGGCUCUACAUUUUUAAUGAUGGGCACUGCUGAUGAGCUACCAAAAGAACCAGUACAGAAAACUAUGUUUGUUGAGGACAUGAGUGACCAGCAGUUGGCAUCUGCGCUCAAUUUACCAGCUGGUCUAGAAAAUCUUGGCAACACUUGCUACUUGAAUUCAACGCUUCAGUGCUUUCGCAGUGUGCCUGAACUACGAGAAUCACUCAAAAAGUUUACUGGAAGGAUAAAUCCUUCUGUAGUUAACAUCCAGCCAGCAGAAUCCAUCACAUCCGGUGUCCGUGAUUUGUUUAUGCAAAUGGACAGCACAGCCGAGGAAGUUCGACCAAUCAUGUUACUACGGUUACUGCAUCUUGCUUUCCCACAAUUUGCUGAACGAGCAGAGAACGGUGCUUUUAAACAGCAGGAUGCUAAUGAAUGCUGGAUUCAAUUGUUCCGUCAACUUGAAGACCAACUUCCUGCUUUAACAGCGUCCACUUCAGCAGCGGAAGGAGGAAGCCAGGGAGCUGCAGCAUCAUCUCCAAAGACCAGUUUUAUGAGUCAGUAUUUUGGUGGCCAGUUCCAAUGCAGUCUAAAGUGUGAUGAAUCUGAAGAAGAACCAGCGAAAUCUUCCAUUGAAAAUUUUUCACAGUUAAGUUGUUUUAUUUCGCAAGAUGUGAAGUACAUGCAUACAGGUCUUAAAUUGAAAAUGGAAGAAAAAAUUGAGAAGAAUUCACCAACAUUACAACGAAAUGCUGUAUAUACAAAAACAUCAAAGAUUAGUCGUCUUCCAGCCUACUUGACCGUUCAGUUUGUACGGUUUUAUUACAAGGAAAAGGAAGGCGUCAAUGCAAAGAUUCUUAAGGAUGUGAAGUUUCCAAUGAUGUUUGAUGCAUUUGACCUCUGCUCAGAAGAACUUCAACAAAAGAUGACCCCAGUCAGAGACAAAUUUAAGAUUCAGGAGGAUAAAAAAGUUGAAGAAGUUACCAAGGCCAAAGCUGCAGGCACCAAACCACCUGAAGAAAAGGAAGAUGUCAAUUACCUAGCAUUUGACUUUGAAGAAGACAUAGGUAGUAAUAAUAGUGGUUAUUAUCAGUUACAAGCUGUGUUGACCCACCAGGGAAGAUCAAGUUCAUCUGGUCAUUAUGUUGGCUGGAUACACAGGAAAGGAGCUGAAUGGAUUAAAUUUGAUGAUGACACUGUUACACCAAUUCUUGAAGAGGAUAUUCUGAAAUUGUCAGGGGGUGGUGACUGGCAUUGUGCAUAUGUACUCAUCUAUGGACCAAAGAGGCUAAUUGAUGACCAGGCCAGCAGUGGACCUGAGAAAAUGGAUGAGUAAUGUUCGGGACAUUAGGCAAAAGAAAUGUCAUGGUUAAAAUAUUUCUGAAACUGUUUCCAGUUGCCAUAGAAAUUGUCAAUCAUCACUGCAAUAUUUAUCCUUAGUAGUAACCAUAGAAACCAUGCUACAUGGUUAGCCUGUUUUCCAUAAAAGCUUGACAUACUAUCAUCAACAGUUUUGAGCAAUGCUGAUUGGUCUAUAGAAUGGUACCGCGAAGCAUCAGUAACAAAAUUCCGUAACAUUUACACAAUGUAAUGAUUGUGAUAAAAAUACUGUAGCGACAGCGUAACGAUUUUAUGGAAGCCAGGCUGUACCUACCGUUAUUUGUGGUGCUAAUUGGUUAUAUCAGUCCUACAUGACAACCAGUGCUACUUUUUACAAUGUUUCCAGUGAAAUAUGGUGCGAUAUUAAUAUCAAAAUGUUAACACACCACAUGGGUGCAAUUUGGACUCGAUUCCAUUGACACAUGAUACCAGUAUCACAUAGUUAAAGAUGGUAUUGGUGUCAUAUUGUUUGUGUACUAGUACCACAUGAUACAUGCUAAACAUGGUACCAAUGUCAGAUGCUACAUAUUACACAUACUGUACCAGUACCACACAAUAGCAGUUGUAUAUGGCACAUGCUACACAUGAUACUAAUACUGCAUGGUACAUGUUGAACAUGGUACUGGUGUCAUAUGGUAUGUGGUACACAUGGUAUCAGUACUGCAUUAUAACUGUGCCGCAAGAUUCAAUUCAUAAAUGGUUAUAGGGCUUCUAUAAACUAGUGCUAAUAAUACCAGUAGAACAUUCAUCCGGUACUAAUGUUAGUAUCACACAGUACAAGUAUUAAGGUUAUAUUUAUUGUAUCACAAAACUUAAGUGCAUAGCAUAAUACUGUAUUAAUUGUUCAUCAGUCUAACCUAUAGUUAGUCUUUAUCUAGUACUGAUGUAUUUAAUGCAUAUUUUUAACUACAGUAAGUUACCACUUUGUGCACCAUGCUAAAGCCUCAAGACAGAGGGCCAAAGUUUCUGACUUCUUUCAAGUGGAUUAGCUAGGUGAUAUUUUUUUCCUAGUACUUAUCUAAGCUUCCUAUCCUUGAGUAUAAUUGGCAUGAGUUAACGCUCAUCUUGUACCAGUGCUAGCAUAUUUUCAUUUGUUUUUUUCUCUAUCCAUUAGAAUCUGUUUAUUCUCUCCAAAUCUAGACUUCCAAUUCUCUUCCUUAUUGUCUAUUUCAGAUUCUCAUACUUCUGAUGUAUAAAUUCCAAUGUGGUACAUCAGUACAUUGCCAUAAAAUGUGUAAUGCUUUCUUAUUUUUAAAUGUUUAUACCUUUAUACUGCCCUCUAGGCAGGACCUAGGUUCAAUAUCAAAUAUUUUAAUGUUAAUAUAAUUCACUGAAAAGAAUUACGAGUAUGAAAACUGACUGCCAUAAUAAUAUAUGUAAUGUUAAAAAUGUUCAUUUGUAAAUCUACAAAAAAGUAUAUACUUUAAUCAAAUUGAAUUUGCAUAAAUUGCACCUGUUUCUGUGAUAAUUAUAAUUAGCAUUUAUUUUUUGAUACAGUUCUAAACUCACCUGUUAAUGGUAUCAACUUGUCCUUUAUGUGAAUGUCAUUUUCAUUACAAUUGCUCUCAUUGUUCUUAUCAUUUUAUUGUUCUGUCUUUUAUUGGGCUCAAAAUUUGAUUAUAUUUUCAUGUUAAUUCAACCAUGGAGUUAUGAUUCAAUUACUAUCUUUACAUAUAGAUUUACUUCAUCCUGUUAAAAUAUUCAUGCUAAUUUCUAUAUUCAUACCAACAUUCAAAUUUGAAAUUUUGUUAGUUUGCAUCACAUGCAGAACGUAAAUCAUUCAAGUACAACAUUGAAAUAUAAACUCGGUGGUUAAAGACAGGAAAAUCCCUAAAAGUUCAUCAAUAGUGAGCUUUCAAUUGCACGACGACGGUAGAACGUAGUGACGUCACUAAAAGUCAUCUACGCAUGCGAGGACGUUAGGGUCACCUCGUCGAGUUGAUUCUGGAAUGCAAUUUGACCAAAUAUACGUAUAGCAUAGAAGGUAGGACGCCAGGUAGGACGGUCACGCAUGAGUGAUUCCGUUCUAGCUUCGCGUCGUCGCACAAAUCGAAAGCUCCCAAAUUAGAUUUAACCCCUUGGACAUUGUUGCUAAGGUCUCGCAAAACGACAGUGAAAAAACAUACCGAAACAUGUGCGUUUGUGGGACAACACAUGCGUAUUCCUGGCCCUUUUCUGAUUGGUCAGUUAUGUUUCAUUUACGCUCCGGAAAGGUCUUUUGCAACAUCAAUUAAGUAAGCAAAGUUAAUAACUUCCAAUGAAACAAAAAAAACCCAAAAAAGAUGCUUUACUAUUGUAACUUGAUUACCAACCAAUUUAAUGACCUAAUAGAUGCUAUACAACGAAUAAUGCUGUAAAUGUAACCUAAAAAAAAAAGUAUUAAGGCCUUUAAGAUUGCAGGAUUGCUGUAUAUUUUGGGGGGACGAUGGGUCCUAUUUGAAUUGGUGAUAUGACGAUCGUCCUGAAUUUAUAUUUCGUUGUCACUUGAUGUAAUUAUAGUUCCAUGGUCACGUGAGGAUACAGUAGGAUUACAGUAAGCCUACAGUACAUGCAAUGACAAUUAACAUGAUUGCCAGGAAGUGAGUAAAUGAGGGAAUGGGAACGUUUUAUACAUCAAGUUUGGUCAAUAUCAUAUAUAAACGUUAGGGGAAUGUAUGCACUUUUUUAUUUCCGAAUAUAAAAUACUUAGAUUUCAAAUAUCAAAGUGUUAAAUAAAGUGACAUCAUU